AUGGAAUUCCGAUAUUCCGAGGUGGUCGACCCGAGCUUGUUUGAGACAGACGGACUGAUUACCAACAAGAUGGUUACCCUCCGCCGACACAAAGAUUCGUUCAGCGAGAUCAUUGGUGCGUUUCGCGCACAGCGCGACUGGUCUGAGCAUGUCGCGCCCGUCCAUGGAUACCAAGGAGGCCUUGGGGAGCACUUCAGCUUCAUCCGAGUCACGGUUCCGGAAUGCCUCCCUGAGAGGCUAGAGGUUGUCUCAUACGCCAACGAGUAUGCGUUCCUCUACGACGACGAGAUGGAGAUGCUUGACCUCAAGCAGCUGCCCGAUACUGGAGGGCCAGGAAUCCUCGAGACGUUCGGGACGGGGGUUCUGGACCACAACAUCGAGGGUAGCCUUGGGAAGCUCAGUUCCACGAAGCGGCUACAGGCCCGGGUGCUAGCCGAGAUGAUAGCCAUUGACGCACCUCGGGCCAAGACGACUAUGGAAGCCUGGGCGCGGUUUGUACAGCUCGCGUCGCGGACGAGACUAAAGGCAUUUGACACACUCGCACAGUAUAUUCCAGCCCGUGUCAUCGACUGCGGAGAGCUAAUCUGGUUUGGCACCUUAACGUAUGGUAUGGGCCUCACCAUUCCCGAUGAUGAAUAUCAUCUCUGCAUGAAACUGGCGCGUCCCGGAUAUGUGGUACUGGCCUUGACCAAUGACCUCUACUCGUGGGAGAAGGAGCGUCAGGCAGCCGAGCAAUUGGAUCAAGACCACGUCUUCAACGCCAUCUGGGUCAUUAUGAAAGAGCGCGGCGUUGAUGAGAACGAAGCCAAGGCCAUAUGUACCGAAGUGACUAGAGACUACAUUGACGAGUACUGUAGCAUCGUGGAGAGAACAAGGACGGAUGCGGCACUUUCCAAAGACGUGCGGGCUUAUAUCGAGGCCGUCUUGUUGAGCAUCGCUGGAAAUUUGGUGUGGAGUAUCUACUGCCCGCGGUACCGUCAGGCUCUCUAGGAGACUGAAGGUCAGGCACUUCAGUUGCGUGUUCAGUUAUUACGCAGUGUUUUCGACGAAUGGUUUGCAGUUUUG